GCUCAGUGUAGAGCGAUUUUGUGUGCCGCAAACAUGUACUCAGCUGAACAGCGUGUGUUUACUGUUUGUGAAAACUGAAGAACGGGCCGAUUUAAACAAUGGUAAAAAAUUAGAGACAAUCAAAGUGUUUUGACUAGGCACGCUGGAGGCCGGAAAAUGUGUUAUCGCACGGUGCAGGAUCUCCUGGUUUCAGAAGAUUUCAUGGGCUUCAAUGUUCUACUGUAGCUAAAAAUGAAGAUGAAAUGUGUUCCAAUCAUAAUAAUUGCAAUCAUUUUUGCUGCUCUACGUGGUUUUGGAGAUAGUUUAAAGGGAACUGUGGCAAUAUUUUAUCUGGACAAGAAUAUUAAGGAGAGGGCAAUACCUUCUCCAAACAAGGAUCAUAAUACCCCUAGUCGAAGAAAAGAAUUGCAUCGAGAAAUAUCAAGAUCAUCAGUGCGAGAAGAAGAACCAAAAGUUCUGAAGAGGACUUUACAGUGUUGUGCACUAAAUGGUGGAGUAUUCUGGUGCAGCCUGUAUGUCUUUGAGUGUGGUCUUCUCCCACUGUUAAAGUACCUGCUUACAGUAUUGUUUGGCCACUCUUCAAGUACAGGAAAAUCUCUCUGGUCAUGGAUAAAACUUUUUCUGUCUUGGACAUUUGGUGCCUUUUGGGUGCUUCCAUUGUUCCUGCUUAGCAAAAUUGUGAAUAGCCUCUGGUUUCAGGACAUUGCUGAUUCAGCAUAUCGGUACAGCAGAGGUAGACCACAGCUUCUGUCAAGUGUUAGCAAACUGAUAGCAGACACACUGUUUAGUGUCUUGGUUCAGGCUUUGUUCCUUGUACAGAGUACACUGGUUAGCAUGCUACCUAUUGUAUUCCUUGGAGAUGUGUUGUGCCUUGUGCACAUGUGCAUGCUCUACUCCUUGUACUCUUUUGAGUACAAAUGGUUCAAUAUGGGAUGGGAACUUCACAGGCGGCUGACAUUCAUUGAAAGCAAUUGGCCAUAUUUCAUAGGCUUUGGAUUGCCUCUAGCAGUUUUGACAGCUCUCCCCAGUUCAUUUUUUAACAGUGGGUGUGUAUUUUCCAUCCUAUUUCCAUUAUUCAUAAUAAGUGGAAAUGAGGCUGAUCCUGUGACUGGAGCCUGUGACUAUCCUCUACAGUUAUUUUCGCCUGUUAUUGCAAUUUCAAAUGCACUUUUCAAUCGGACAAUCAGGCCAAGAGCAAUAGAACCCUCUAGUGCACGCAGAUGAUGGUUCUAAAAAUUUGCAAAACAUUCAAAGAAAGUGACUGCAGAAGAAAACUUUUUACACACUCACUGUGUGUUUGAGCAAAGAAGAUGUUUGUAAACAUUUAAAUAUAUAUGUGUGAAACUACAUAUUGUAAACAAAAUAUAAUGGUUGUGUUACAUAGUGAUACAUAUGUUAUCACAAUUCGGAAGUAUUGGAGCCUGUGUAAGUCAGUGUUGACCCCUUCAAAGUAAAUGGUGCUAGCACAUGAGCACAACUGGAAGAGUGAUCAACUAAAUACAUACACUUUGCUUCUGACUGUAAAACAAUCACUCUAAUAAUUUUUGAUGAACAUCAUUUGAACAUAAUGAAAUCAGUGAAAAACAGUUCUAAUUAUGACUAGAAUAAAAAAUGAAAAUGCAACUAAUAUGUUACUAAUUAUAUUUGUUAUGGUUACUGAGGGAAGGGACCACAAAACCUACACUCUGAACACAGGUUUCAAAAUGUACAACGUGUAGGUCCAGAUAUUUAUAACUGAGCAGCUUUUUAAUACCGACAGUUGGGUUUUCAGAUUUUUUUUUCUUCUUUCAUGAGUAAUAAUUAUAAUUAUAUCUUUGCUGUUGUGCUGAAGCAUCCUGUUGCACAUAGCUUAUUUUCACUUCUUAUUCACCGUGUUACGUGCAACUUGUGCUAAAAUUUGACUGUUUGGCAAGCUCAGGAAAUGGGCUAUUCCUAUAUAGAAUGACAUUUUGGAAUUGAUCAUUUUAUCAUGGUGAUAAUUAAAACAUUAUGACUUCCCAUCCUUUGUUUUAUGGUUUUUUGGUAGUGUUGUGUUGGGUUGUUGUUGAGUAGGGUGAAUUGGUUGUCAUAUAUAAAGUUGUUUACUUUCAGUUAGUAUUCUACUGUUGUGAUUAUGACUGUGGUUCUUCCUGAACAAUGUUGCAUAAUAACGUAUACCUAUAAGAAGGGCCCAACUCCAUAAACACUCAUAAUGGCUGCGCACGGUACAUACGAAUUAUCGCACAGUGCUAGCAUUAAGUAUACAUCCAAGGCCACACCAUAGCUGAAGCAGUUA